AUGGCCGAGCUGAAGGUCUUCCUCCCUCGCAUGAAUACGUUGUCGAUCGUUUAUUCCAACGUCGACGGCGCAUUGUUCCUGCCAUAUAAUCUGAGACACCGCGGAAUCCAGAUCACCAUGUCCUCCGUCCUCGGCCUCGCUGGUGCCGCACAAGUCUCGGAUUACGCAGCGUCGAAGGCAGCCCUCAUUGCACUGAACGACUCCCUCCGUUACGAACUCGACAAGCACUACGCUGCUCCCGGCGUUCGGACCACUCUCUUCGUCCCCGGUCACAUCCUGACCCCGAUGUUCUCGCGGGCGAACUAUCCGUCGGGAAGGCUAUAUCAGUUCUUCUUCCCUUCGUUGCAUCCGGUCGAGGUCGCCAAGGCUGUCAUACGCGCCAUUGACGAUCAGCACUCUCAAACCGUCUACAUGCCGUUCUUCGCAAAUUUCGCGCCGUUCUUGCGCUCGUUACCGAGCUUCUUGCGCGACUUUGCGCAAUGGGUAACGCAUGCGGACUACACCAUGAAGGGCUUCGAGAAGGUUUCUGGGCGACGAGCUGAUGAGCAGUUAACACCAUCAUCACCUACUGAGAAGUCGCUUGAUUCUAAGGAGAAGUAG